CGUUGUCAGUUGCCCGUGCCUUGUGCGACGGUCAGGACCGCACACAUUAUUCCGCAACGUCUCUAUUACGCACACGUUUCAAUAUUUCAAGUGAUCUGCAUAAAUUAACGCCUUGACAAUAUUUUAAUUAUUCUCUAGUCCAUUGUUAUAUUUUUCCUUUUCAAUUUUCAUUUACCUCGCACAAUUUAAAAAAAAAAAAAAAUUUUAACCCUCAAAAUAAAAAAUUUCUGUGAAAAGAAAAAGAGGGUGGAAAAAAUAAAAAAAAAAAAAAUCGACAGACACAAUUCUGGCGAUUUUUUUUCCCCUCGAGAUAACAAUAUUUUCAACUCAUGGACCAUCGAUGGACGACCAAGGUGAAGGUGAAGCUUGAUGGGGAUUUGUCCUGAAGAAAUUUUUCAGGAAUCAAGAAGGACUUUUUUUUUAUUAAAUCAAUUUUUUAUUGUGGCGAGGCAUUUAAAAGGAUUUUCAAGAUGAUUUAGGAUUAGGACGACGGAGAGUGAGAGAGAGAGAGAGAGAGAGAUGGCGAACGGAAUAUCCUUCGGACGUACCGCUAGCAGCAGUGUGCUUAUCCUAUUGGUACUCAUGCAAGCGGUUUUGUUCUGGGAACCGACAGCAAUGGCGCCAUCGCCAGUUAAACGAAGCAACGAUGUUAUUGCCGGCACAGAAUUUCUGUCGGUCUUCAUAAAUGGAGCAAUGGCACCGCGACCAGCUCAAAGAAGACGCGGUAGUUUUCGACGCACUGGACAUAAUCAUAAUCAUCAUCAUAAUAAUCAUCACAGCGAUAGCAUAAGUUCCGAGUCAAAGCACAAUGAAGCAUUCAUCUAUCGUAUUUCACGUGCACCACCUGCAGCAAGAACAACAACUGUCAUUCAACCGAAGGCGUCAACGAUGACACCAUAUCGAGACUCCGAUGUAAGAUACUAUCCAAUUAGUCAGAAAGCACUGAAUCACAGUCACAGUCUAGUCUCUCUGAUAGACGAUCUGGCAACAGUUGAUGAAAUAACAUCGAAAUUGAAAGCACGCGAGGGUAAACGUAAUUCAACAGUAAUAUCCAAAUCACAAAAAGUCGGCAAAUUGGAUAAUAAAAUUCUAGACAGAAAAGUAAUUGGUGUCAGUGUUACAUCGAGUGUAGAGGCAACACCUUACAAAAUUCGUAUAGAACAUCAUCCAAUUAGAAAUUCAGUAAAAUUAAAUUCACCAAUACCAUCAUCAACAACAUCAAGUAGCUCAAUUUUUACUAGUUCAACAAGCACUGUAGAAAUACCAAAUGUCACAUCACGUUUUGUCACCGAAGAUCUUGGUAAUAUUGUCUCCGAAUCGAAUAGAAGUGAAUUUUCAGUUGAUGAAGGUUCCGCCCAAACAGUAUGGCAGGAACCAAGUGUUAUCACAUCGAAACCCUACACUGGUAAUGAAAAAUCCACAGCGUUAGAGGAGAACAGUGAUGUUAAUGAUUCGGCAACAAGUGGCAGUAGUUCGAUACCAGUUGAGGUUCACGAUUAUCAAAUUACUUCUAAACAAGUCGCUGAACUUAUUGGUGGAUCACGUGCUCACUAUCAGGGUCGUAAAGUCAGUAGGCAUUAUGAUGGUUCAUUUUACGAUAAUAAUUCUCCAUCAUCACGACGUCAUCACAAUGAACCAAUUGAUACAAUUCAUCAUAAAACUUAUAGUGAACCAGAAAAAGUUUACAGUGAACCAGCAAAAGUCUAUGGAGAACCGGCGAAAAUUUACAGUGAACCAUCAAAAGUUUAUGGAGAACCAGCAAAAGUCUAUAGUGAACCAGCGAGAAUUUAUAGUGAACCAGAAAAAAUUUAUUCAGAGCCAGCGAGAAUAUAUUCCGAGCCUGCAAAGAUUUACUCUGAACCGGCAAAAGUCUACAGUGAACCUAGUAAAAUUUACGAUUCAAAUGGUCAACCACCAGUGAAUUCACAAUCCAUGGAGCCAGUUGAACAAAAUUAUGAGGUCGACGAAGCUGUCAGUGUUGGUAGCAAUGGCAAUGUUCAUGGUCCUCAGCCAGUUACUGUGGCAACAAAUAAAGCUGAUUCUGAGGAUGGUCGCAAGGUCGGCUAUGUUGUGGAAGGUCGUAAUUAUAGAAAGUAUCGUGUUGAAGAAAGAACUCCUGACGGUUUUAUUGUUGGUGAAUAUGGCGUCGUUAGCCAUGACGAUGGUUCACUUAGAGGCGUUCGUUACACAGCAGAUGGAACAAUUAAUCCACGUCUCAUCUAUGAUGCACUAAUGAAAUUCCUUGCUCUUUAAAAUAAUAAUUCAAAACAGUGAUUAUCAAGGAUGUUAUAAAUCAAAACUUUUUCUUUGACUUCUCAAAUCCGUCGCUAUAUCUAUAAACGAGAGGUUAGAGUUAAAAACUAUGGACCUAUAAGCAAUAUUGUUUUAGUGAGUUGUUUGAGAUUAAAUAUUAUAGCCUGUCGACUAGUGUUACUUACAUCGCAUAGAAUAUUGACAAAUACUUGCAUCUGCAAAAAAAUAGAUCUUUGCUCAAUUUAGUAGAAAGUUUCACGUCAUCUUUUUUGGUUCCAAUUAAUAAAUAGCGAUGGCGCCACUCUGUAAUUUCUAACCUGCGCCAUCGUCAUCUAUUGAUCGAAACUAAAAACAAGGAGCAUCACUUCUGUGGCGGGAAAUUUAAAAUUCAAAACUACAAAUUGAAAUAAUAAUUAUUUUUUUCUUCUAACUUUAUAUAUACAAAAAAUCUUGAAGGACAUCAAAACUUGCGCAAAAUUGAGCAUAAAAAAUAUGUUGAAAGCAAAAAUUUAACAAUUAUAGAUUCUAAAAAAAAUAAUUUUCAAAAAUUUGGUACUUUUUGGAGAAUUAUGUAUUAAAAAGAAGAAGAUAAUUUUUGUUCGAUGCACUCGGAUCAUUUUUUUAGCGUUAAAUUUAAUGACCGAACGACUGAUUUCCGUAUUGCUCCUAUAUACAAUAUGUAUACAUAGAUAAUAUUCUUGCCAACUCAACUGCCUCAUUGCUCCUAAUUUUAAGCUCGACUUAUUAAAAAACAAACAAAAAAAACAAAAAAAAAAUAAGUGAUUAGAAUAAAUUUCUUAGAAUCAACAUCGUUAUUAGUAGACUUUCAAAUAUCUGCGCAAGAAUUAUUCGAAAUUUUAUCGGAUAUUAUAAUUUUCAAAGUAUUUGCGACUAUCCCAAAAGUCUUUUAUUUACUAAUAGUCACUAGUAAGUAUUAGUGGGAUUGUUUUCCACACUUGAAAUUAGAAAAUAAGUUAAUUUUACAAUUUUAAUUAACAUUACAGAACAAAAUAGGAGUUCAAUUCAUAUAUUAAAAAAGAACAACAUUUUUUAAAAUUAUAUUUCAAAUUUUUAAUGUUUCUAAAUAAUCAAUAAAAUACCAAAGAAUUAAUAAAAAAAAGAAAUAAAACAAUUUAUUAAUAUUUUAACAUUAAAUAUUUAAAAAUUUAAUAAAGAAAAAUUAUUUAUUUAACAUAUAUUUAUUUUCUAAUUCUCUGAAAUAAUUUAAACUAUAUAUGGUGCUAAAAUUUACAUUAAAUUCCAAAAAACAAAAUAUUGAACUCUGAAUUUGUUCUGUGAUUCACAUUACAGUGUUUCUUGUAUAGCUCUAAAUAGCAAGUAAAAAUUCCAAUCUUAAUAAAAUUAUAAUCAAAUUCUGACGUUCGUUUCGUUACACCUGUCAAUAUGGAUAGGAAGAAGGAAAAAAAAAAUUCAAGGGUACUCGAAGUGUUAUGAUAUUCCGUUGUGCGGUGAAUUGAUCGCAGACCAUCGCUAAUAAAUAAUUCAAUAGACGUGGAAAAAAUAAUACACUUGGAGAAAUAAAAAAAAAAGAAAAAAAAAGAAAUCUCCUAAACUACUUUUUAUAUCUCAUUGUAUUAUACAUAUACACAUAUACAAGUCAUUAGCUAAUGUAUCAGUAAAUCCUGUAGCAUAAUGUCAUAUAUAGAUAUACAUACGUCAUUAUAAGAUUAUUACCAUCAUCGAACUCUGACAAUGCAAAUUUUAGUUGAUUUUAUUUUUGUUCCUUAAUAACAACGUGCUAAAUUAGCUUUAAUAUUUUAUUUAGCAAAAAAAGAAAUCAUAACUUUUUUACCUCGUGAUUAAAUUAGGUUGUUUAUUUUUAUUUUAUUAUCAAAAGAAAAUAUAAACAUUUACAAACGUAUUAUUUAUUUAAUAUAUUUAAGUAUCUUCUGCGUUUUUCGAUUAAAAUAUUUUUCAUUCAUUAAAUUUUAUCUACUUUUUUUGUAGAUUUUGUUUAAAAAAAAGAAAAAAAAUUUCAAAUAAAAAAAUAAUUAUAAUUUUAAGUUUAUACAUUAUAAAGAUGCUUGGGCAUCAUAAAUGUAUCUCAAUUAAUGAGAAACCUCAUCUUUUGUGGUAUGAUUCAAAGUACGACGCAUUGUUGUUUAGUUUUAUUAAUAAUUGCAUAUGUUAUAACAUAUAUGAAAUUUUCAUAUAUUUUUAAAUCUGAAUGAAUUCGUUAAAAAAAUCAAAUUUUAAAAUUGUAGCUCAAACAAAUGAAAUCGAAAAAAAGUUUAUGAAUAAAUGUAAUUAUGGAAAACAAUUUUUUAGUUUAUAUUUAAAAGAGAAAAAUUCUCUUAGUGAAUUUUGGAGGAACAAAUGAUGAAUGAAUAUAUGGAUAAAUUUUGAAUUUAGAAUAUAUUUAUAUAUUUUGUUGUGAGAAAAAGAGAGAGAAUGACAAUUUUUAUAAUAUUUUGCAUGUUAGUGCGAUGAUGUUGACUUUAGUGAACGAGCUCAUAUAUAUACAUGUAUGCCAUAAAUUGAAUGACAUGAAUUGAACAUAUAAUAUUAGUAACUCUUACUUCUAGGACCACAAUGUAUAGUGCUGUGCCAAUGCCAUUCUAAGAUAGCAAUUUUGUAAUAAAUUCAUUCUCGCAGAUAAUA